AUGCCCAUCACCAAGAAAGACCGCAUCAAGAAGGAGCACAAGCAGGCUGAGAAGGCCGGAACUCGCAUCCAGGUGCAUGCGAACGGUACGCCCGUCAAGGCUGCGAAGCCCAAGUCGAUAUGUGCUUUCUGUCGAAAGGAGCUUGUGAGUGUACUUGCAUGGUGGACCCGGCUGGGUUUAUACCUGACACGGUCUAGGACAACACGAAUCUGAAGAUUCUUGAGCAGCACGCUAGUACGCAUCCUGAGGCUUGGACGAAGGAGAAGUGCUGGCCCAAGGAGUUCGCAUAG